GUCAGCGGGUCGCUGGUCCGAUCGCAAAGCGGAGGGGGCGCAGGCGGUGCUGGGCGCGGGCUGCGAGCUGGCGGAGCGCUUUGGGGCGCCGUGCGGGGCACCCGCGAGCCCAGGGCGAGGUGUCCAACCAACAGACGGCGCCCCUGGGAGCCUUGCCGACAGGCAGGACUACAGAAUGGUACCCCUAAAUGGAGAAGGAUUACAGGGCUGAUCAGAGAGGAUGAGAAACAAGGAAGGCUUCUGAAGGAGAUAAGUGUGUCUGAGAAUCAAGAAGAGUAUUGACGAACCUCCUGCCUUCUUCUGAGGGUAGGAGAACCUAAGAGCAUCCUCUGAUUCUUCCCCCACCUCAAUCCCUGUUGCUAUGGAGACCACCAAUGGGACUGAGACCUGGUAUGAGAGCCUGCACGCUGUACUGAAGGCUCUAAAUGCCACUCUUCACAACAACUUGCUCUGCCGGCCAGGGUCAGACAACCUGACUGAAGAGCGGCGGGCCAGCCUACCUGGCCGUGAUGACAACUCCUACAUGUACAUUCUCUUUGUCAUGUUCCUAUUUGCUGCCACUGUGGGCAGUCUCAUCCUGGGAUACACCCGGUCCCGCAAAGUGGACAAGCGCAGUGACCCCUAUCAUGUAUACAUCAAGAACCGUGUGUCUAUGCUCUGAUGCUAAGAGGCCGGGGAUGGCAUAAGAUCAAGAUACCCCAGGAUGAUCUUGUGCGGCCUCUAGAACUCAGCUAUGGGUCACGUCAGGCCUCAGAGUCCUUACUGUAAGAUCAACAAGAAACAGCGCUAAGGGAGGUCAUUACUGGGGUAGGAGGAGAGGAUCUGGCAGACCUGGGCCUUGUGGAUAAGGAUUUUUUCCAGCGAAGAUAGACUUUAUAGACAGUGGGAGCCCUAUGAACAAAUAUAUAGAAGUGGCAGGAAUUCCCCGGCGGUCCAGUGGUUAGGACCCCGCGCUCUCACUGCCAAGGGCCUGGGUUCGAUCCCUGGUCGGGGAACUAAAAUCCCACAAGCUGCACAGUGCAACCAAAUAAAAAAGUGUGUGUGUGUGUGUGUGUGUCUGUGUGUGUGUAUGGCAACAUAUGAUGACAAGUGAGUGGUCUAGUGGCUGGAGUGUUGGGGGCUAGGGGCGAGAGGAAGGAGAAGAGGAAGCUGUAGCAGAGGGAAAUGAGACAGGAAAAUGCCCCGAGGACACAUUUUUGGAUGUAUCUUCAAAGACCAUGAGAAGCAGCAAUGAUUAUCCCAUAUCACAGAUAGGAAAUCUACGUUACGUUACUUAUUUAUAUAUUUGUUCACAUUUUAUGUCUUCCAGCCCAUUUAACAUUUGUGAUUUUACCCCCGUGAGGGAAGCAGAGCAAGUGCCAUUCUGCCCAUUUGGGCCAGAGCAGUGCCAUGACUGGAACCCAGGUUCUCUGGUCUCCUUGCCUAGUGCUUUGCCAAACUCUGUGCUACCUAGGAGUGGAUCUAGGCCUGAAACUUAUAUA